AAUAAAAAUUAAAUUAAAAAUAAAAUAAUAAAAUUAAAUUAAAAAAUAAAAUAAAAAAUUAAAUUAAAUUAAAUUAAAAUAAAAUAAAAGUACAUAUGUGCAAAUGUAAACUCAUGGGAGGCAACAUUUGUUGCCCAUUAUCCGCAAGCCAGGGGCUGAGCUAAGUACCUUUUUACCUAGAUUAUCCAAUUUAGUCAACACAAUAGCGCUAUGAGUCAGGUACUAUUAUUAACGCUUUUCUACUACCAUCCUUCACCCAAGGUCGUGCAGCUGGUUUGUUGCAUAUUUAAAAGAAUAGUUUGUGCAGAACUGGCUUUGGUUGCUGAAUCAGAUUCUGAAGUAGAGCCUCCCACUGGGCACCCACCGCCCCGAGUGACAGUGUUUCCCCACCUUUAAUAUGUACAGACCCCCUGGGGGUGGGGUUUGUGAAGAUGCAGAUUGUGAUUUUGAGGUCAGGGUGAAGCCCGAGACCCCGCCGUUCUAAGCAGGUGGAUGCGCCCGCUGCUGGCCCGUGGGCCACCCUUUGAUGAGUGAGGCCUAGAUCCUGGGCUGUGGUUCUAGCCCCACAGCACCCUAGACUCCGGGAUGGCCAGAGAGACGUAGGACCCGCCUGUAGAGACGUCAAGUGAUGGGAAAUCAACACAGCACUGACCACGUGAAGCCUUUGCUUGGAAAACACGAGACUAAAGACGUAGAGAGAGAGCUGGGUCAAAGCCCGCACGGUCUGGGGCUGAGAUAGCAGGCCUUGCCCCACUUUUGCCCUCGCUGGGUGGCCCUGGAUCUCCAGAUGGCUGGCAGGGGCCAAAGGCCCAGCACACCCGGGGGUGGCCCUUCAGGAAGAACUAGGUGCUGGGGAGACUUCAAGGCAUUAGUUUCUGGUUUAUUCUUCCCGCGUUCCAAACAGCACGGCACCCCAGAAGACCUGACGUUGACUUCAGCAAUGCAAGUGGGUGAUGAUUACUGUGCACCGCCUGAGCGUGGCUUCCUUGAAAAGGAAGUCAUUCGUGUGCAGGUGAUAAAAUGCGCAUUGAGACUGUGGCAGCCUCCACCACCUGCUGUAGCGAUGCCAGCCCUGGUGAAAGCCUUGUAGGGAGCGGGGCUGCUGCAGGGUCCGGGCCAUGAGGCAUAAGUGAGUAAUAGAGGCUUCUAUGACAGCCUCUAUUAAGUUGCUUUGUGAGGUGUCUUUCUCAUAUUCGGGGUGGACAUGCCAAGAAAGAGGACGUGAGCUGCCAGCCGUUCCAGGGGGAAAACCCUAAGACAGAAAUAGGAACCUUCGCAGCAACAGAGAGCCCUUCUUUCUCUGUAUAUUGGGCAGGACGUUUGAACACACGUGUGCAGCCGUUAGAUCACUUGAGCUCAGACAAAGCAGACAAUGCAAAGUAACAAGAGAGGAAAUAAGAACAUCAGCCGAGCUGGAGUUUGCACAGAUCAUCGUCGUCGUCGUGGUGGUCACGGUGAUGGUCGUGGUCAUCGUCUGCCUGCUGAACCACUACAAGGGCUCCACGCGGUCCUUCAUCAACCGCCCGGGGAGCCGGAGGCAGGAGGACGGGCUGCAGCCGUGCCAGGAAGGGCACCUGUGGCCGUCAGACAGCUCCGGGCCUCGGCCGUCGGCCUCAGAGGUCAUGUACGCCCCGAGGCCCAGGGACAGGUUCGCGGCCCCCACCUUCCUCCCCAGGGACCGCUUCAGCCGCUUCCAGCCCACCUACCCCUACGUGCAGCACGACAUCGACCUCCCCCCCACCAUCUCGCUGUCCGACGGGGAGGAGCCGCCGCCCUACCAGGGGCCCUGCGCCCUGCAGCUCAGGGACCCCGAACAGCAGCGGGAGCUCAACCGCGAGUCGGUGAGGGCCCCGCCCAACCGAACCAUAUUCGACAGCGACCUGCUGGACGUUGCCGCCUGCAGCGCGGGCCCGUGUCCGCCCAGCAGCCACUCGGGCAUCAGCGCCAGCACCUGCAGCAGCCACGGCCGGAUGGAGGGGCCGCCGCCCGCCUACAGCGAGGUGAUGGGCCGGCCCCCAGGCGCUGCCCUCCUCCGGCCCCAGCAGGGCGCGCUCAGGGGCGGCGGCCCGGUGGCCCCGCAGGACAGCGUGGGGGGCCCGGGGCUGCCCGCCCAGGCCAAGGACAGGAAGCCUGGGAACCUCGCAUGAGCCGCCGGCCUGCGCCCAAGAGGAAGCACCCAGGCGGCCACUGCCCCACCUGGGCCGCCCGGGUCACCUGCUCCGGGAAGGAAAACCCAACGUGCGGUGGAGCUCUUUGCUUCGGGCUCCUUUAGGGGACCUGCGUGGACUGGGCGGAAACCCUACAGACUGCCAUCGGUCCAACCAGCAUCAGCAUCUGGGGACAGGUGCAAGGACGGGCCUGGCCCUGGUGGCGGGAGGGGGCUCGGGAACACCGCGUGCGGGGUGCUCGGAGGGUAUCAUGAAACAAGACCCAUAGAGGUGUUUGAUCUAUUUAAUUAUGAAAGGAGACUUUGCAGAGAAAGGGCCAGAGUGGCCUGUUUUAUAAUUAAUUGAUAAAGAAGGAUGCAUUAUUAUAUAUUGUCAUGGGGAAGCAUCGGCCAGUUUGCUUUUUCUCCCAAGGUGUGGAUCUUUUUUAUUUUGUUUUAAAAAUAUGAUUCAGAAUUCCUGUUUUGUGUGCCAAGGUAUAAAGUGAAGAAGUUAGAUGAAUGCAAGGAGUCAAUCUGUAUCGUGAUGACGUGUGUUUAAAAGUUGCACUACCUAAAUGUUUCUGAGGGGACUGCUGUGCACGCGGUUCCAUGUGUCGUCUUCUCGCCUGUGGAUUGCUGCUCGGCCCGGGAAUACCUGGAAUCCCGGUAGUCACCAGGGAGGACGUUGGGGGAUGUAGCCUAACAAGGCCGGCUUGUGCCAAUCAAGGGAGGCAGGACUGCUGCAAGGGUCUGCAGGGGUGAGGGGUCUGGAGACGGGGAUGGAGAGGGGGAUGGGUGACAGUCCAGCACUCUGACCCGCUGUCACUCGGCCAGUCUCAGCACGGCUGCACGUUCUUCUGAAUCCGAACCCCACACCUGCGUCCACGUACUGCCCGCGUUAUGCAGCGCUGCCCGUCCUCCAGCAGUGCAGUGUCUUCAGUGAUUCAGACUUUUUUCACUGUAGCAUGAAAUAUACUCAGAUACAUACAUUAUUUUAUGCAAUAAAUUGUCUAAAAUGCAA